AUGGCUGAGGCGGCCAUGCAGACAAUCCCUCCCCCCGAUCAGACAUUCACUGCCAACGCUGGCUUCGCUGAGAUCUACGACGCCUACGAAAAGGAUUAUGUUAAAGUCCUCUCCGGUGAAGAAACCGAGACACCACCAAUGUUCCAGAAACCAAAUCCCGCGGGGUCAGACCAGCAAUCCAACCCCAAAGUGACUGCGACCUUAUCUUCUCAGACUUCCUUAGGGCUGCCUUCUUCACAGCCCGUACAGCCUUCCGUGGACACAGGGGGCGAGGAAGAGAGUGACCUAGGCCCAGUGUUGCCUGCUAUUAUGACUCUGGAGAGAAUGGUCAAUCAGAAUAUCUUUGACGACGUUACGCAAGAUUAUAAGUACUGGGAAGACAUUAGCGACGAACACAGGAAUCUGGAAGGCUCCCUGCUCCCCCUGUGGAAGUUUACCUGCGACGGCGCCAGGCUGUUCGUGGUGUCCGACAUCUGCUGGAGUCCUUUCUACCACGACCUGUUCAUCGCCGCUUAUAUGAGUGAGAAGCCAGGAAUAGUCAUCUCUGAUAAAGACUAUAAAAUACUGUAUAUUGCUGUAGUGAGAAUCAUAUCUUCAGCAUAUCAGAAUCAUAUCUUGAGUAUAUCAGCUGCUACUAGCUUGGUGGUUUACGUCGAUUUUUAUGGUCAUGAACCGACAGAGGGGGAAGGUAUGAUCUGUCUCUUCACCCUCAAGAACCCGGGCAUUCCAGAACGUGUCUUCCAGUCUCCUUGUGGGGUGACUUCGGUCCAAUUCCAUCCCACUAGAGCGAGCAUAAUUGCAGCUGGCAGGGAAGACGGAGCUGUUAUUGUGUACGAUAUUCGGUCACCUGUUUCCACGCGUACUGUGUGUUCUUCUGCUGUGGACGGGAAACACCUCCUCCCUGUGUCUCAGGUCCAGUGGGUGUCCACAGACCCCGGCGAGAACUUGUGUUUUUACUCUGUGUCCCAAGAUGGUCGUAUCUCCCAGUGGCUGGUGUGGUCGUCCAGUCUCCAGCACGAAGACAUCUUUGACUUCAAUGACAGUGAACUCAAUGCUAAGUUGUCCCAAGGGUCUGCGAAGUCUGUUCUUGAAGGUUCUGCCACCUGCAUAGCAAUCAGCCCGAGGGACAAGUGUGAGCUCCUGAUUGGCGUAGAUACCGGAGCUAUUUUCCAAGUGAGGACGACCUGUCAUCACAGCAUCACGAGGUAUCCCGCUCACGUCGGCGCCGUCAGGAACAUCACCUGGAAUCGACACCACAUCCGGGUCUUCGCCACUUGCUCUAUAGACUGGACGCUCAAGAUAUGGCUCUAUAAUUGCUUUCGGCUCAACAGAACUGUUAUAAACUCAAACUCGAAAAUCACCAUCACAAGAAACUCGAAUCAUUCCCAAAUCUCGUCCUCCAGCGCGCCCGUAGUCACGCUGGACCUCGGAAGCCCCGUCACUUGCUUAUCGUGGUCACCUUACAGCAGCAGCGUCCUCGCCGGAGUGUCUGACGAAGGGCGGGUCUUCAUCUACGACCUGUUCCUUCGCAAGUGUCUGCCUCUGUGCUCUCAAAAUGUCACUCACAAAAGGCGACUGAGUCUUUCCUGCGUGGCGUUCAAUCCCUUUAGUCCUGUUAUCCUGGUCGGUGGGGAGAAGGGCUACCUCGUGACUCACAAGCUGUCGCCAAACCUUCGUAAACCCCUGGAGGAAGCUAAGAUAACAGAUGAGGAGGCUGCAGAGAUCGAGGUGUGCAAGAUGGAGAGAAUCCUUGCUCUCAAUCAGGAGAAGAAGUAG